GAGAGUGAUAAACACGUUUCUCUGCCCCGCGGUGGAAACCAUAUCGUUCGUGUAAGACCUACUGUUCCGAUAGGAUGUCAAACGACUACACAGGAUCCAGAUAGACAUUGCACAGCUUUUACAGAUUUGAUAGACGGCUAGAAAUCAUAUUCUUACCUGAAAUGUAACCAAGCGAAUAUUGGAAAUCAUAACAAGUGUUCUUUAGGAAUGCAAGGAGGGACGAACACUGACUACACUGUCGGACAUAGAUGGAACGUAUCAUAUGAUUUCACUAUAUCAACAUUUGAUGAUGAUGAAACAUCGUACCGUCUGAACGACAAAACUUACCUCUUCCAGCUUAGGACGCACCACAGAGAACAUGAGUUCUGGAACGGACUGUCUGAAUCUGUAAUGGUAACCAUAUACGACAAAUCUGAUACAAACAUAUGGAAAGAGAAGUCUUGUUACAUUGUGUGUGACCCUCAUAUGAGCACCUUCGAUUCACAGCGUUACGAGCUUCAGAGACCUGGUGUAUACACCGCUUUCCAGCACUCUACUUUUCCAAUACAAGUGCAGGUAAAAUCCACACUCUGUAAAGGGACUGCCUGGUCAUCAGCACACUGUAUAUGUGGUGUCGCAGUGAUCGUCGGAAAAUCCUACCACAUUCUCGACCUCUGUGAUAAAAAAAAAAAGAGAGUGAAUUACAUUUGCGGCAAACACGAUGAAUUGCAGGUCAUACCACGUGACAAUGUCUUCGAGUUCCGUGUGCCAACUGGACUGAAGAUUACAGCAACACGAAGGUUCAAGAACUUUUGGGACAUUGUUUUGUAUCCUACUGUCCUGGAAGUUAACAGCACCUCUGGUCUAUGUGGAAGCCUCGAUAACAACAGGUGUAACGACUUCACACAUAGGGACGGAAGUAUGCCAAUCGACGCAUGCACGAAACCCUGGUGGUAUCAUCCAAAUGACUUCACAGAGUCAUUUAAAUUACUCGAUAGUGAACACAUGUUCCAGGACGAAGACUAUGAAGUUGAUAAACUUGUGAAAGAAUUUCCUGAUUACCCUGACAGUCAGCAGUUAUGUUUUUGUCCGUACAAUGAUAAAGAAGAAAAGGCAGCUUCACUUGGAACCAAAGAGACACGUCAGGAAUCUGUGUGUGGAUUUCGGCAUUAUGCCAGUUGUAGUAAAAACGAGACUCCGUGUCAAAAACGACACUUGUCACUCCGAAGACAACGAAGAAGUACAUUCGCUAAUCAAACUGUUGAAAACUACAGAUAUAAUCAGAGCCAUGUUCUCAUCACGAAAAGGAGUACUAUGACUGAGACAGAGGCAAGAAUCUUCUGUGAGGCCCAGAUGUCACAAAACCCAUUACGAAUCCAAUGCGAAGAAAUGAACGUGGACAACUCCGAUACAGAGAUUGAGAACUGUGUUUUAGAUAUAAUGGCUACGGGAGAUACCGAGUGGGCAGGUGCUGCCAGUGACAGAGCAAGCCAGGUGUGUCUGACUGAGGUGAAGAAAAAUGUCACCAUUCAGGAGUCAUUUCCCGAAUCGGCGUCACUUGUCCGGAACCUGACGUGUCCAAACAAUUGCACUAAUAAUGGCAUUUGUGAAAACGGUGAAUGCUCAUGCAGCGAAGGAUUUGCUACUGCCGACUGCUCUGUAGACCUGACAAUUUCACCAAACGUGGACGACCUUAAUCUCGGUCCUGACCCUAUCUGUGAUGUCAGAGUUGACUGUUUCGAGGUGUAUGUAAAUGGUGGUGAUUUCCCGUCGAACAGGACGUACAUAUGUCGCUACAGCAUGUUUCACGUUGAUAACAAUGGAUCAAGAUCGUUUGCUGGCUAUUCGGAGGUACCUGGACGCCAGAGGAAUAUAUAUCAGGUCACGUGUCCUCUGACGUAUGCCGAACGUCACGAGGACGUAUUCGUGUUGGAAUAUCAGUUGUUCCUUAAGAUGGACGACAAUUCAUUCAGUUCAGGAUUGCCAUUCAUUGUUUUAGAUUCAACUUGUCAAGGCUUUAUUGAGUCUACAGGGAAGUAUUCUUACUUCCCAGAGUCCGGAUACUGCUUCAUCAAUGGGACUUGCUACGAAGAGGAAGCCAAGAAGACAAACGACACUUGUCAGAGAUGUGUCUCCUCGUCCAAUCCGUACGCCUGGACCACAGCAAGUGAUGCUGACGAAUGUGCAACGGUUGUGGAAUCUGAUCCUGACUCGACGAGCAGUAGCGACGGGAACGUACCUUUGAUCAUCGCUUUGACAUUGUUAACAAUAAUUUGUGUUGCCGCCAUCGUUGUCACACUGUUGGCAACGUUUAAGUGGACAAAGCAUAUACCGAACAGCCAAACAUCAGGUUCCCAGCCAACUUUGUCACAGCAUCCCAAGUCCUGUCAAGAUACGCCAACCAAAGCAGACUCGUGGCCAUCGUCAUCACGGAAAAUAAAUAUGUUUUAAUAGCAGAUAGCCAACUACCGGAUAUACAAAAUGUAAUCAUACGAAUAUGGUAUACUCCAUUCACUGCUAAACAUGUCAUGGGCACAUGUUGUGAUCUGAAAAAACAAGGUUUCUAAUAAUUGUAUCAAUGUACAAAAACUAAGUGAAAAAUUUGAAUAGGCCCCUUUGACAACCAUUAGUUAAGUACAUACACGAAAUGUUCCUCUAUAAUAAAAUAAAAUAGCGUUUACGCUACUCAUUACAACGUUGAUAUAAUAUUUUUAAAGCUUUAAGCUGCUUUUGAUGUGUUUAUCGUUUUUUUCAGUUCCUUUUGACGUUUUUGGUCCAUGACAUUCUUGUGUCAAGAGGAAGAUAAGCAUAAACAAGCAAUCAAACAAACGAUCUACAUUCUUUGUAUGAAUGGUCUACUGUCUGCUGAUCAAGUUUGCAACUCUUCUCUAGAAAAUGUCUUACCAAGACGUUAUAUGGACAAAACACAAUUUCUUUGCUUUAAACGAAUGAUUGUGAAUAAACAUUUUAUUAACAUGGCUAAUUAAUAUCUCGUAAAAGAUCAAAUUAAAUAAAAAGAAUAGGGACGUUGAUCGCAUAACUAUACAAUUGCCUGUAGAACAACCCUUACAUUGUUUCAACUAUACAAUAAAAAGCUUACAUUAUGGUCCCAACACUAAUGUUCUACAAAACAAUAUGAAAUUGUAUAUUAUCAUAAAUUGAUCAUGUUUAUAAAAUAUAUUAAAAUGUAUUUAAUUUUAAGUUGCUACACUCUUUCUCCUAUCAGUCAGUUGUCGCCUUAAUAUUUCAAACUGUAUAAACCUGUUUUAAAUUUGGUUGUGUUGGUCCAUAAUAGUAUUCGUGUGCUGCUUAUUUCUAUUUUCUAAUUCGUCUUUGAGCCUGACUGUUGUCCGUGAAUUGGUGAUGUAGUACUUCAUCACAUAUGUUUUUCCCUGCGUGGCCAGGUUUUGUUUUCAAUUUGAUCAAUUGUAUCUUCAACUGAACAUCAUAAAAUUGACGCAAUGUGAUUCAUAAUUAUCCUUAUCAACAAACUCUGACCUAACGUCAGUAUCAAAUUGGAAACAUUCCAUGCUGAAAUAACGUCUGGAAUUCAUUUGUUGUUCUGAUGUAGUACCACUAAGUUCUUUUGGUUUUCCAAAUUUUUGAAUAUCUAACCUUUUCGUCUUCAAACAAAGUUCUUCCAAAGAAUCUUUAAAGAUAUCUUAAAUAUUUUAUAAAACUUUCAACAUGUAUCACUUUUAAGUUCUUCUUCCAUAUUGAAGGAUUAUUGUAAUACAUUUAAACAUGACUUAUACUUUCGUUUUUGUUUCAUCAAGGUUUCUUCCUGUUAUUUUGUUUUAUUUUCUAAUAUUUAACAUGUUUUCAAUUCUUAAUAAUUUAUUUCUCUCAUUCCUGAUAAUUCUAGUGAAAAAUAGUGUUGCUAAGUUUGGCAUUGUCAUUGGUUCUGUAUGAGUUUACGCUCGAGGCAAAACAUGUCAUCUCAGUAUAUUUUUCCCAACCCAUGUUAGUUGACACUUUAGACCCGACUCUUUCAAAAUAAUUCUCAAACACACUUAUUUUGGCAAGGAUCUAGCAGAACACAUAAUCAGUAUACUGUUCUAGCCGAUAAUUGUUACCAUCUACUUUGACACUUUUAUAUCUUUACUUUCAGUUGUAUAGGUGAUAUGCAUUUCAGACAUGUUAUUAGGGAUUCUGCUACUAUCAUCGACGUUGUGAAUCAAAGUAUCAGGGACAUUUCAUUGUUUCUACCGUUAGGGUAAGGUUUUUUGUUAAGUAUUGAAUCAAUGAAAGAGUCGUCACAUUUAAAAGAUUGCAAACAUUUGUAAGUAAAUCGCCAUUCAAUUGAAUCGAAAGCUUUUUCAUUAUCUACCGUUUGGUAUCAGUCUGACACAUGUUGCUUGGCCAAGUCAUGCAAAAUAUCAUACACUAACCUUAUAUAUUUUAUUGAGUUGUUUACCUCCUUCCUGAGUGAUUUUUUUUUAUCAUUGGUGGAAAUGCUAAUUUUAAUCAAGUUGCUAUUGACCCAAAACUAUUUUGUAAUCAAUAAGUAGUAUUUAUGUUAACGAUUUAUUUCUACACUUGUUAAAUCCCUUAGCAUAUGCUAUAAUCCUUUGACACAAACAAUAUAUGUUAUACUGGAACCACACCACAUGUAUUAUCCCAUGACACGUGCUUCAAUCCCUCGAGAAGUGCCAUGAUACUUCGACACAUGCUAUAAUCCGUUGACACAUGCUAUAAUCCGCUGACACAUGCUACAUGUAUGAUCCCCGGACGCAUGUUAUAAUCCGUUGACACAUGCUACAUGUAUGAUCCCCGGGCACAUGCUAUAAUCCCCGGACACAUGCUAUAAUCCGUUGACACAUGCUAUAAUCCGUUGACACAUGCUAUAAUCCGUUGACACAUUCUAUAAUCCGUUGACAAAUGUUAUAAUCCGUUGACACAUGCUAUAAUCCGUUGAAACAUGCUAUAAACCAUUGACACAUGCUAUAAUCCGUUGGAAGGUUCUCUAAUCUCUUGGCUUUGUGAUUGUGAUCGUAAUGCAUUUUAAGCAUUUUAAUGCUUAAUUUAUAGUCUAACAUACAACACUGAUGACCAUAAUAACCAUUUCAUUAACCCAUUCCAUCACUAAAUCGACUUUAAGACGACGGCUUCCCUUACCGAUUCUUUUCCGUCUUACUUACAUAACGUAAACCCUCGGCAUGUCUUAUUUUAACAUAUUUUUCUAAUUAAUAACAUCAUGAAAUAAGCAACUAAUAUUAGUGCAGUUUGCAGACAUUCUAUUUAAUUUGGUUUUCUUUUUAAUUUAACUCCCCUCCCCCUUCCCCUCCCUUAAAAAAACACUUAUACUGGGAGUUCGUUUUUAACAGAAAGCGUUACGGGAUUCAUCAACGAAAGGUUUAAAUAAGAAUGUGACUCUUAGUUCAAGUGUUAAUGAGAGUAUGUUUUACUUGGACAAUGUCAAUAGGGUUUUAAAUAUAAAUUUGGAAUAUCGUUUGCAAAAAUAACAAUUAAAGGUGAUAUAAUUUAUUGUUUAUAAACAUGCAUAUAUCAUUAAACACUGAUGAGCUUG